CAAACUUUGUCUUGACUAUAUUUGACUAUAUUAUAAACUUGGUAAUUGUUGGUUUAUGCUUAGAAACAAAGUUUACGUAAUAGUACUAAAUAUUUAUACUUACGUUAUUGGGAAAAUGGAAGCAGUUGAGGAGCCUCCACUUCUUACCAAUCCAGUGGAAGGCAUGAAAGUAAACGUAAUUUAUGAUGAAAAAGAAGAAAACGCUGUGGCUUCGGUAGCAACGGAUGUAUGUCAAACACACAAAUCAAACGGUGUUUCAGAAUCCUCUGAGGCUAAAGUCGUUGCCCCAAUUGAAAGUAAUCCCGCACCUGUUGAAGAUAGCAAAUCAGAAAAUGUGUCUAUUGCAGAAGUAAACAAUGCGUCAAAAGUGGAGGAUAUAGAGCCGGCGGUACCUCCACCAGAGCCUGACACUACAGAAGUGCUUGUUGAAGACAAAGUUGAACAAACAAAGGUGUCAACACAGGACACAUCUUCUGUUACCACUGAGACAUUAGAAAGUAAACCGGUUGAAGAACCUGAACAAGUGAGUGAAGUGGCUACUAUCGUUGAAGUGGAUAAUACUAUUGAAACAUCUAUGGAAAGGGUUACUUUCCAGACUGAAAUAUUAAUAGAAUCUGUUGACAAUGAAAUUAUUGACAAUGUUGCUGAAGAGGCAACUAUAGAGGAAAACACUGAACAAGAUACUUCUAAUUUACUUAGUGAACUUGGGCAAAGUAUUGAAUUAAGUGAAGCUUUACGGUCAUCAGAUGUUACAGAUAAUGUAAAAAAUAAUAAUUUGGCAACCAGACAGGAAGUGUUUAAUAAGGAAGAAUUAUUAGAUAUCCUGGAAGGAAACGAUGAGGAGCAGCCAGAAAAUGUGUUGACUACAAAUUUCCAAAAUGUAUGUUCUGAUAAAAUUUUAGAAGCACAGCUGGCAUUGCAACAGCUUUCUCGAUUAAAAACAAAGCCUAGAAAACCUCGAUCAGAUAGACUCUCAAGAAGUAGAAAAAUUGAAAAGAAGGUGACUAAAGAAAAAAUCAAAGAACAAACAAAGGAACUUGUACAGAUCUCAACACAAAAUGAUCAAGUGGAAGUUAAAAGUGAAUCUGAAGGGGACAGUAUUGUGAAUGAUUUAGUGAAAGAGUGGGAUGAUGAGGAUACUCCUGCUGGUGAAAAGGACAGUAUAAUUGAACCAAUUGGAAACAUAGAUAAAACUACUGAAGGAGCUGUGAAACCCCAAGAUGGAGAAACUAAGGAGGAAGACAUUUCAUCCCGGACUUCAAUGGAUUCUCUAAGCAUCCCAAAUAAGACUGGUGAAGAAGGCCAGCCUCAAAGAAGACUUGGUCGAGUAAUAAAGAAAAAAGUUAUAUUUGAUCCAGAUAAUCCUGAUACAUUUACGAAAAGUAAAACUAGCAAAAAAAAUACAGAAGUAAGUACAGAGUUGGAUAAAGAAUCAACACCAGCUAAAAAAAAUAAGACUGACCAAACUUUCCAGAGGUCCAAAUCUAAAUCACCACUAUCUAAACUCCAGUGGAAAAAGCCAUCUCCUAAGAAUUGUAAACAAAACAAGAGAUUGACUGAAGUUGAUAAGUUGUUAAUGGAUGAGGGUGCUGUUAAUAUGAUUUAUCAGCUCACCCCUGAAGCUCCAAAAGGUAAGAAGAAUAUGAAAACUAAAGCAGAGUUUAUAAAAAAAAUACAAAGUUCUUCAACACCAGAUUCUAAAGAAAUGAAAUUUAGAGAAAGAAAAAAAGAAUCAAAAUAUGAAGAUGGAGAAGCAAGAAAAAUCCUUGGUGGCAAGCAGAGGUCCUCUCUGAGUAGCUCGGUUAAAUCCCCAUCAGUUUGUGAAGAUUUUGAGGCACACAGUGCAGAUGAUUCCAUUAUUUAUAGACGGCACUCAUCCAGUUCAUACUCCAGCUCAUGCAUGAGUCCACGGCGGUUAAGUGAUGUUGAGACAAGCGGGCAAAAUGUGUCUCGUAAUUCUCAGCAAGUAGUAGAGGUUGCUCAUGCCCUGCCAAACACAGAGGGUGGCAGUAAUCGUCCAGUUGAGGUGUUCAUGGCAGAAACCACAGAUAUAAAACCUGAUGCUAUAAAUAAAAAUGAUUGCUUGUCAAUUAAAGAAAAGCUCAAUUCAAAACUAAACCUUGCCUUAAAUAAAAGAAAACAUGAUAAUCCCAAAGGUGAAAAACCAUCAAAGCUAAAAAAAGUAUCAAAAUCUGAUGAGAAACCUUCAGGUGUUGAGGAAUAUAAAUUCCUAUCAGUAAACUUUGAUCAAAGGUUAGCUGAAGUAUGUGUUCAGAGAGCAGGUACCAAAUGCAAUACUGAGGUAAUACAAGAGCUAGAAAAGGUAUUAAAAAUGAUUGAAUCAAAGAAAAACAUAUCAGUGACAUUGUUAACAUCUGACUGUGGCAGUUUAUAUUCGGAUUUAGACUUAAGACCAUUGUUAGAUGAUAAUAUUGACAAAACAAAUGUAGCUGCAUAUGAAACAGCUGAAUCUAUAAGGUCGCUCUUACACACAGUGGAACAACAUAGCAAGUUAAUAUGCUUAGGAAUAAGCGGCAGGUGUUCAGGCAUAGGACUGGCUCUGGCUGGCCUGAGCGACGUGGCCAUGGCAUCAGAAAGUGCUAGCUUCGCGGUCAGCGCGAAGUCGCACCCCACAACCAUCGGGCCCGGAAUCGCAGUGCUAACAGCUUACAAGCUCCUUCCUCAACCUUUACUGAAUGACUUAGUAGUGUUUGGACGUCGCUUGCCUGCGGCGGAAGCUCUCCGCGGUGGGUUAGUAAGCCGCACUCUAUGGCCUGAGAAUUUCGACAAACAAGUACUGAGUAUUGCAAAGGACAUCGCCGCACAACCAUCACAGAAUAUCUUAUUGAAGAAACAGCUCCUAAAUUUGAAGAAAAGUGCGGGAGAUUCUACUUCGUUACAUUUGGAGAAGGAGCGGGAUCUGCUCGUUGCAUAUUGGACGUCAGUAGAAGGCCAGGCGUUGCUACGCGCAGCUUACAACGCCGCCUGAAUGUUUCGUCUAUCCAUCGAAGAACAUUCAAUUAUAGUUUUAUAUUGCCGAAAGCUCAUAUACAAAACAUAUAAAUCUAUAUUAAACAAAAUGCUGUAUAAAAAUACGAAUAUAAAUAUAAAUUAUUUUCUAACAGCAAAAGGCAGAAGACCACUAGAUAUUUAUAAUACGAGUUUCAGAAUGAUAAUGAUGUGGUAAAUAAUAUGAUGUUUUAUAAUUAUUAGUUAACACAGCAAAAUCCAAAAUUGGUACCUAGCACUCCUUGGCCGGUGUUAAUUUAUCAUUUUAUGAUGAAAUAAAAAUUUACAGAGCGACUUUUUGUCAGACUGACGUCAAAAUUACUGUAAGUGUAGGAGUAGGUACGUUCCCUGCGAGGGUUAUUGUAUCGUGUCAAGACUGCUAUCACCGAGAAGGCAAAGAUACGAAAUAUUCUGACUUCAUUAGAAGUUGUUUAAACUAGGUUGAUUUACGUUUAGUUACAAGCAGAUCAGGAUUCUUGGUGUUAAUUAGAUAAUAGUCAUAGAUAAUUAUGUUAUGUUAUAGAUGAAAUUGUUUAUGUCUUUGUUUUAGAUUUUUAUGAGUUUAUGAACUUAAGAUUUAGCAUAAUUUUCUUUUUCAGCCAAAGUUUGCAUUAACGGCCUUAUAAUCAUUGCGUUAAAUUGAGUGUUUUAUUUGUGACAUUAAAUAAUUGUGUUACAAGUGUUACAGCUAUGGUGAUACAGGAACUGAAAUAAUAAUUAUUAUUUCACAAUAUAUAUGUGCCUGACAUCGCGAAUGUCUAUUACAGAUUGGAUGUAUAGAGACACAGUAUCCUUCAUUCCAUUUCUACAAAACUGUUUAUUUUGAUUUGUUAAGAAAUUUCCAGACACUUUCUUCUUAAUAUGUUUUGUUCUUAUUUAUAAGUGUACCUAGUGAUAAUUUAUUUCUUUUUUGUUAAAAAUAAAGUGCCUUUUAUUAUAUA